AUGCUGAUUGAUCGGAGUACAGGACGACGUGCAGCGAUUCCCGGCAAGAGGAGGACACUUGGACUCGGCAAAGAAGGCGUCAGCCGACUCCUCAGCGUGGUGGGAGGGAAACCGCACGCUACGGCUGAGGACCACGCGGAAGCGGAAGAAUACCUUGAUUUCACAACAGUCGAGGAGAUGAGGACGAGGAGGCAAUUGCAGGAAGAGGGGAAAGAAGCCGCUGCUGCUGCUGCUGCUGCUGCUGUUCAGGUCUUGACUCCACCGGCGAGUUCGAAUCCCGCUGCUACGAGGAUGGAUAAGGAGAAUUUUGAGGCUUCGCCGGAGAUUAGUGAUGAUGAUGACGAUGAUGUGUUUGGGGAGGAGAAGAAGAAGAAGGCUACGUUUAGGAAGCCGCCGGCGGUGGGGCUUGAGGAUGGUGGCAAAGUUGGGGCGAAGUUUCAACCACCGGGGGGGAUCGCGAAGUGGGAGAGCGAUGAAGCUGGAGAUAGUAGAGAGCCGGAAUGGGUGCCCGACCCUAGUACCAAGCAGAAGUCCCGAAGCGCGAAGAGGAGUCUUGUUGGUGAGGUGGAGUCGAUGCCGGUACCUAAGAAGCAGAAAUUCGACAAUAUCUUUGCGCCGACACUGAAGACCACCAAGAGGAAACCGAUGGGCUAUGGGGCCAAGUUUGCCCAGACUGCGCAGCGGGCUGCAUCAUGCGCGAAAAAGAAGACUUUCAAGGCACCUGCGACAGUUCAGAGUCCCCAGAAAGCAAAGUUUAAGAUGUUCACGGCUGCUUCCAUUUGUUCGGUAGCAUCCGGGGACGACAACGAGAUGCUCGAAAUCAGAAUGGAUCAGGUCGAUGAUCCCGCCGAGCCUCCGGAGGCGGAACCGUGCAGCUCCAGCGUCACCUGCCCAUUUUGUGACGAGGAGAUCGAGCGCCAUGUCCGAGAGGAUUUCGAGGACAGAUUUGGGAAGCAUCAUUCGUAUAAAUGGCAACGUCGAUUUUGCGGCUACCAUAAACAGCGCGAGGCGGAGAGCAGAUGGCAGGAAAGGAAGUAUCCCGACAUUGACUGGGCUGGUCUUUCGAAGCGAAUGCGGAAACACGACGAUUUCCUGAUCAGCAUCCUCAACGACACCGUGGACUCGCAUUACCGCAGGGAGCUCCAGUCAAAGCUCAAGCCAGGUAGUAAGAGUGCGAAGCAGUCGUAUCAGGCGGAGAUGAAGCCGGGUGCAUCCGUGGGAUACUAUGGGCCCAGGGGGGAAAAGCUCUUGUACGUCUGCUGAAUGGUGUGUCAAUACGUGGGUGGACAUCUCGCUGACUGUGACAAAAAGAACCGACCAUAUCCUGUCGAGCUUAUCCGACGAGAUACGUGAACAUGCUUCCAAGGAUAAGCUCGUGUCUUCUUCUGGAGUGCAGGGCGGUGUUUCGGGAUUUGUCCAGGCCGUCCUGUUACCGCAUCUGGCCGAGCAGCUCAUCAAAGAAGAUAUGAACUUCGUCGGCGCCGAUUCCUUGCGCAGAGCCCGGGGGGUCAUUGAGGAGAGUGCGGAGCUCGGCGAAACCAUGUGGCCGGAAGCCGAAGACAAGAUUAUCGAGAUUGAAGAAGAAGAAGAAGAUGAUGAUGAUGAUGAUGAUGACAGUGCCGACGAUGGGUACUGA